AUGUACAACUUUCAGCACCAGAACAGUCACCAGCAGCAACACGCCCAGCACCACCCUACUCUCCAACAAGAUCACAAUGCGCACACGGCAAAUGGUCUCAAUCAUCACUCGACAUUCUCGGGGGUCCUGUCAAACUCAACACCCAGCUUCACGCCUACCAGUCUCCAGAACGGGCACUCGACGAUUUCACGCACAGGACAAACUCAGCCCAUCAACGAGCACUGGGCCGAGCAAUUGCAACUAUACAAGGAUUCUCAGAGGGCGCAUACAGCAAUGGUGGAAGGACACGCUCCUCAUCAUUAUGCAAGAAUUAAGGCUGGAGAAAAUCGAGGAAUAUCGUCUGCCGCAACAAAUGCCACAAACCAAGAAAAUGAGACGGAGAAUCAUGGACGGACAUCAAAUCCAGAAGAGUUUGUCAAGCGCCAAGACUGGAACAACAUGGAUCUCAGUGGCCAGGGUCUCCGAGUGUUAGCAGCGCCUCUAUUCAGUUACACCUUCUUGACCGAGCUCUAUGUCGCAUCCAACAAGAUCACCCAUCUACCUGCUAGUAUCGGUCACUUACGGCACUUGAAACACCUAGAUGCAUCAAACAACCAGCUAACACAAUUACCACCCGAGCUGGGGAUGUGUGUAUACUUAAAGAACCUCCUCUUAUUCGACAACAAUAUCCAGACCUUACCAAAUGAGUUAGGGUCACUAUAUCAGUUGGAUAUGCUGGGCAUUGAAGGCAAUCCCUUAGAUGCGGCCAUGAAGCAGGUCAUCGUAGAGAAGGGCACGAAAACUCUUAUCCAUGACCUCCGAGAAUCCACGCCAAUACCUCUCCCUCCCAAUGAAAGACCAAUUAUCGACCUUUUAGAAGGCACGCCUGUUCCUGCAAACCAAGAGCGAUUCAAAGUCUUCUCGUUCAAUAUUCUCUGCGACAACGCUACACGAUCGCAGUACAACUACACUCCAUCAGAGGCUCUUGCUUGGGAUUACAGGAAAGAGAUGAUUCUGAAAGAGAUCCAAAAGGCAGAUGCCGAUAUCGUUUGUCUCCAAGAAGUAGACGUGGAUAGCUUCGAGGAAUAUUUCAGGAUGAAGCUUGCAUACGAUGAUUACAAAGGUGUCUUCUGGCCAAAAGCUCGAGCAAAGACAAUGUCAGAGAAGGAUAGGAAGGUUGUCGAUGGGUGCGCCACUUUCUACAAGGGUAGCAAGUACAUACUGCUGGAUAAGCAACUUCUCGAUUUCGCAAACAUUGCCAUCAAUCGGCCUGACAUGAAGAGCCAACAUGAUAUCUUCAAUCGCGUCAUGCCAAGAGACCAGAUGGCAAUUGUUACCUUCUUCGAAAAUAGGCUUACGGGUUCACGAUUGAUUGUUGCGAACGGCCAUCUAUUCUGGGAUCCGGCCUAUCCCGAUGUCAAGUUGAUCCAGACGGCCAUCUUAACUGAGAGCGUCACCAAGUUGGCUGAGAAAUAUGCGAGAUGGCCACCCUGUAAAGACAAGAAGACCUACAAAAUCGCAGACGAGAGCCCAAAUCCAGAGAACGCCGAGACCGAGGUGGAACCAGCACCAUCGAUGGAGUACACGAGUAGUACUCAACUGCCCCUGUUGAUGUGCGUGGAUCUCAACUCGACGGCUGAUUCUAGUGUCUACGAUCUCCUGUCGAAGGGCCGUGUGUCACCCGAUCAUGCGGACCUCAGUGGCUUCCAAUACGGUAAUUUUACACGGGAUGGUAUCGAGCAUCCAUUCUCCCUGCGGUCGGCUUAUAGCAUCCUGGAUGAGACACCCGAAAAGUUGACCUUCACCAACUACACGCCUGGUUUCGUUGGCGUCAUCGAUCACAUCUUCUACUCGACCAAUGCGCUGGAAGUGACCUCCUUGCUUGGAGGCGUGGAUCCCGAGUACAUGAAGAGAGUACCUGGAUUCCCCAACUACCACUUCCCCAGUGAUCACCUGUCGCUCCUUGCAGAAUUCGCGGUCAAGAGUCGGAAGGAGAAGAAGACGCUUCCAGAGCCAGAUUUCGGGUCCUCCAGUCGGAGGCGGGAUUAG